UCUCACCUACUCGGCAGGGAUAGCUAAUGAGGAUGUGAAAUGAAACCCUAGAUUUGCAGUUUGGUUCCGAUCCCACAGAUCUGGAAACUCUGCUCUGGUCCUUCCCCUCCCCCGUCGAGUUGGGUAGGUUAAAGGGCUCCUACUCCUAUCUCGGGUAGGCAGGUUUCACGGGCUUUUGGCUGGGGGUGCCGUGGGUUUGGCGCGAGGUGAUCUGUACUAUGGCACGGGUUAAGGUGUUUUGGCUGCCGGCGCAGUGUAAUAGCUUUCGAUGUUCCAGUAAGUGGGCUGGAACAGUUGAGCGCACUGGCUACUCCAUUUGGACAAUAGCUAGGGUUCGACAUCUUACAGUGGUAGCCGCGAGAGAUCUGGAUCAGGUGGUGCGAGGCCCGGUCCACCAAUCCAGUGAGGGAUGGUCGAAACUGGUGUUCCCUGUGGAAGAUGAUAUAAUGUCCGUGCUGUUUGAGACACCCUCUGGUUUCGCAAUUUUCCAUUGCUGUGCCUCACUCAUUGAGGGCAAGGAUGUCCUGGAGGGUUUAUGGGUCAAAUUCACGGAUAAUUUCGAUGCAUACCGUCUUGUUUGGCUAAAGCAAUUUAAAACAUUCGAGGACAAGUCCAGCGCCAUUAUGCAAAAUGGUGUUAACGAAAGGCUUAGUAAGAUGAUCAUGAAGUUUCACUUUCCAUGGAGCAAACUGGCUGUUGCAAAGCCUGAAUAUAAAGAAAUCGUUGAACUCUAUUUGAAUAUAUCCUGUGUGCAUGGUCCAGCUGUGAUGGAGCUAAUGUGGGGCAUACAAAAUUGCAUGCAACUUUUGGUGCCUAUGGAAAAGCAAAAGUUGACUGAAGCAGACCGCCUCCCAAUCAGUGAAGGACUUCAUGCUCUCUUGAGUCGUUAUGGUUGUGUAGUGAAACCAGAGAUGGUCAGUGAGGAAAUUGUUAAUGUGGCUUCUGCAUUGUUUUGGUGCGAAUCUGUUGAGAAGGAAAAUGAAACACCGUUGCGCAGUUUAGGCUGCCUCAUCAAUCGCGUGUCUGGCAUCAAUUGUGACAGCUGGUCCUUCCUGACAAUUGCAACAGCUAUUCAGGUGAUAUGGUGCCCUGAAGAAAUUGCUGGGCCUUGUGAGGAGUUUUCAGCAAAAAAGAUUUCAAGGUUGUUUGAAGAUAGAGAUACAUAUGAUGCUUAUCUGGAUAAGUAUGAAUGCGUGCGAACCUCUGUAGUUAUGAUAAAAGCUCAUGAUGUUAGGACAAGGAGCGAAAAACGAUUGAAGUUCUUGGUCGAGCAGGCCAAAGCAUCUGAAGCUUAACAAGUGGCUGUAACUGUUGCAGCAGUGAACUAAUUUGAUGUUACUCUGAUGGGAGUUCAGAUUGUAGUAUUAUGAAACAGAUGCUGAUCUCAGUUUGCCUAAAUUACUCAUCUUUGGAAGUCUAGUGUCAGUCUGACAUGGUCACUGUAUGGCCCUAUCGUUUGUCUGUAAGAAAAGAUAAGUACUGUUAAAUUUAAGCAGACCUGUUUAAUUGGCUCA